CGCUCUCCAUCUAUGGGCAGUGACGUAACGGGACUCGGAAAGCGCCGCAUAAAUACAAAGUCGCGAGUAGCCCGUGCGAUCACACGCUCAUGCUUACACACACACUCUACAUCUCGCGCAACACAUUUACUCACACACUGAUCUCAGUCAGUCUGACAGGCAGAGAGUUUGAUAGGUGAGUUUAAAAAAAAGGCUGUGAGAGAAAAGCUAGAGAAACAGAACAGCAGCUCUGCGUGGAUGUGGAGGAGUGUGUGUGUGAGGUGAGAGUGGGUGGUAGUAGUGAUGGUGGUGGGAGGGUAAAGACCCCAACACUCACAUACUACUCCUUAGUAUUACUAUAGCAGACAAACACAGAGAGCGAGAGAGAGAGAGACAUCAGCAGCAAACAACAACAAAGAAAAGGAAAACUCUCCGCGUGCUUUUUUAUUAAUAAAUAAAAAAGCAUAUACAACUCCGCUCGGUUCUUCGUGCGCGCGUGAACCAUGACGGCGAAGACCCUGGAGAAAAGCCCCGUGUUCGUGCACCCGCUGGCCGAGAGCAUCUACUCUGUGGAUGAGCUCAGCGCCCCCCUCAGCGUCUUCCCCGGCGGAGACGCGCCGGUACACUACGAGCACAUGAGUGCAGAUGGCUUGAUCAACGGUGAUAUGAGUGCAGAGAAGCGGUCCCUAGACUUGUCCUACGCCAGCAGCUUCGCUCAGCCGGCAGCUCCCCGUAACCAGACCCUUACCUACAUGGGCAAGUUCUCCAUCGAACCGCAGUACCCGGCCAACUGGAACCCAGAAGGGGUGAUCAACAUUGUCAGCGCGGGUUUCCUGGGCAUGACCCAGCCUUCCUCUGCCUCCUCCUCUCCAUCCUCCUCUGUGUCUCCGGGCCACUUCUCUAGCACCCUCAGCUGCACGGCAGCACAGACUCAGGCAGACAUGGACCACAUCUAUUCCCCUCCACCACCUUAUUCAGGUUGUGGCGAAAUGUACCAGGACCCGUCAGCAUUCCUCUCAACAUCAGCGUGCCCCAUCUCCUCAUACCCUCCGCCAUCUUACUCCUCACCCAAAGCCACAGCAGACGGCCCCGGCGUCUUUCCCAUCAUCCCGGACUAUGCCAGCUUCUUCCAGCCGACAUGCCAGAGAGAUAUUCCGUCCAUUCCAGAAAGGAAGCCCUUCUCCUGCCCCCUGGACUCUUUCCGGGUGGCUCCACCACUCACCCCACUCAACACAAUCCGGAACUUUACCCUGGGUGCACCCCCUGUACCCGAGGGUCCCCGGCUCCCUGCAGCAGCAUACGGUCCCCAGAACCUUCCGCUGAGGCCGAUCCUGCGGCCCCGGAAGUACCCAAACCGCCCCAGCAAGACUCCAGUGCACGAGAGGCCAUACCCAUGCCCGGCAGAGGGCUGCGACAGACGCUUCUCUCGCUCUGAUGAACUCACACGCCACAUUCGCAUCCACACCGGCCACAAGCCCUUCCAGUGCCGGAUAUGCAUGCGCAACUUCAGCCGCAGUGACCACUUGACCACACACAUUCGCACACACACAGGCGAGAAGCCCUUUGCCUGCGAUUUCUGUGGACGAAAGUUUGCCCGCAGCGAUGAGCGGAAGAGGCACACCAAGAUCCACUUGAGACAGAAGGAGAGGAAGUCGUCUGCUGCCCCCUCAAACUCUGAGCGCUCCAUUGGCAUCGGAUCCUCAGCGGUCUGCUCAUCCAGCUCGGGCCACUAAGUUCCCCUAGUUAGUUCUGUGGUUUCCAGACCCGGGUACUUAGAGUAACCCUGUCUCUGCAUAGAUUGGUGUUUCUUCCCUGCUCUCCCUGCACAAUUUAUCUGACUAAUCAGCUAAUUAACAAGCCUUUCCUGAGUUUAAGUGGGGGUAUCAGAGCAAGGAAAGCAAAUGUCAAAUGUGCAGAUCUGAACAGGACACCAAGGCAAGGUUUGGGGUCAACUGCCCUACAUUACUAGCAGGGGAGCAUGCAACACUAGGCAAUAUCCACGAUCCAAACUUGCUGUGAAGCCAGGGGGGACCAGUUGAACACAGAAAAGCCAAAGGACAUAAAUGAGGGACAUUGACGACAAGUACAAUUCCUCAACCGGCACGUUCCUUUGACUGCUUCUUCUAUCCCCCUUAGUAUCGGUCGCAUGUUGACUGACAAAAUCGCACUUUGUUUAUGAUAUUUAGGUCAAAUAAUUUAAUGAAAUAUAACUUGCAGCAGCAUGUGGGACUGUGUGUUCUAAAGUGCACGUUUGGUUGAGAGAGGACUUUGUGGAGGUCAUUCCAACGUGACAGCUUCAAACUUGCAAUAAUGCAGACACUUGUGAACUUGUCACAACCGUGUUUUCUCGGCAAGCUGAAACUAACAGAUUUAUCGUGCCUUUGUAUUGUGUCUUUUUGUAAAUAGCCGCAUACCUGAAGAGGCUUUGAAAUAAAAUUGUACAGUGGUCCUUUAAUAAGAAAGUUUUUGAGAUAAAAAAAUAUAUAUUUUUGUAUAAACUUUGUUUUGUGUCGCAAGUGUUUCCAUUGUGGUAAAAAAACAACAGGAAUGUAAAUAACUGGACUUAUAUAUGUGAAGCUUGUUUUUGUAGAUGUUUUCACUGAUAUGUUGUGUUGGGAAUGAGCUAACUAAUGCAGGUCCGUGACUUGCUGGCCUAACUUUCUGUCAUUGUGAAAGAAAUAAUAAAUAAAACUUGAAUUAAGAUA